AAAACGGCCCAAUUCUAACGGAUCCUGAGUUAUCCUAGAGAAAAGCGCGACAUCUCUUCGCUCGCGUUCUCAGCUGAAAACUUCCGUAGUGGGUGGUGCACAAACAGUGGAAUUUGCGUCUCUAGUUAUUGAAGAACAACCAUGGCAGGUGGACAACCUGAGAGAGAAGACAAGGUCUCACUAGAGAUCACUGAAGAAAUCUUACAGAGCAUGGAAGUCGGCAUGACGUUUCGCGACUAUAGUGGUAGGAUCAGUUCAAUGGAUUUUCAUAAAACAUCAAAUUAUCUGGUGACGGCCAGUGAUGAUGAGUCCAUUCGUCUAUAUGAUGUUGCAAAUGCAACAUGUUUGAAGACUAUUAACAGCAAAAAGUACGGGGUUGAUCUGGUUAGCUUCACUUCCCAUCCUACAACUGUUAUAUACUCCUCCAAGAAUGGUUGGGAUGAAUCUCUACGGCUUCUUUCAUUGCAUGACAACAAGUACUUGCGGUAUUUCAAGGGUCAUCGUGACAGGGUUGUGUCUCUUAGCUUAUCCUCUAGGAAGGAGUAUUUUCUCUCUGGCUCGCUUGAUCGAUCUGUUCUACUUUGGGAUCAAAGAGCUGAUAAAUGCCAGGGCCUUCUUCGAGUGCAAGGAAGACCAGCUACUGCUAUUGAUGAGCAAGGACUUGUAUUUGCUAUUGCUUUUGGAGGAUAUAUAAGGAUGUUUGAUGCACGCAAUUAUGAAAAGGGGCCUUUUGAAAUUUUCUCUGUUGGCGGAGAUUUGUCUGAUGCUAACAUCGUUAAGUUCAGUAAUGAUGGGAGACUUAUGCUUUUGACAACUACGGAUGGGCAUAUUCAUGUGCUUGAUUCGUUUCGUGGCACACUUUUAUCAACAUAUAAUGUGCAGCCUGUUUCAAGUAGUUCAACAUUAGAGGCAUCUUUCAGCCCAGAAGGAAUGUUUGUUAUAUCAGGAUCAGGUGAUGGUAGUGUGUAUGCUUGGAGUGUCCGGAGUGGCAAAGAGGUAGCCAGUUGGAUGAGUACAGAUACUGAGCCACCUAUGAUCAAGUGGGCUCCAGGAAGUUUAAUGUUUGUGACUGGUUCUUCUGAGCUUUCAUUUUGGAUCCCAGACUUAUCGAAAUUGGGAGCUUAUGUGGGAAGAAAAUAGAGUAAUUUCAUGGUAAGUCGGUGUAUUGGGAAGAGAUAGAACAAAUCUACCAAAUCCUCUUGGCUUGUGCCUCCUGAGCAUUGUCUACAUAGCAUUAGGGUUUGGCAGAUCAUAAUGUGUGAUCCUCAGAGUGGUUUCUGAACUAGAACACAGGAAGAUCAGUUUGGGCUACAAGAAAAAUCUGUAGUUGGAAGGUCAAAUGACUGGUUGAGCUGAGAACUGUGGCGGUAUAGUCCUAUUACUGGACUGAUUUGUCAUGAACCUUGUUUGAUUGUUUGAAGAUCACAUUUUGUGAUUUUUAUGAGCAGAACUUCUAAAACUUUGAGGGUUCUAAUGUGAUUAAUGAGAUUGGACUUUUUGGUGCUCCAUCUCCUACUAAGUCCAGAUUCAUCCUGCUGGGCCUGGAGAUGCGGCAUCAAGAGAGGCUUUCUGAUGCUGUACCACCAAUGGUUUUAACUGUCUACCAUUUCAAGAUAAAAGGAAAAGAAAGAGUAAAUUGGUAUUCUCGAUUGCAAGUAAGUAUAGUGCUGUAGAUAAAUUAGACAGUAUUCCCUUAUUUCCUUCUUGUAAAUAACUUUAUCUGACUCGAUUUUGUUCUUGAUGUUAUGUGCCUAUACUUCAGCGUUCUGCUUCCCUGCUUUAUUGUGAAUUGCAGUAGCUUUGUUCA